GGUCUUAUGUCCACAUAAGUGUGUUAUUGACCGCCUUUACUGAACUCAACUUUUCCGAGAUCCAAACUUGUCAGCAGCGCAUCUUACGCGCAUGCGCAUCCUUCUAUCCAGCUCUAAAUAAGAGUUAAAACAGAAACGAGGUUGGUAAUGACUGACACUCCACCGAGUGAUGGCCCUUCUCAGGGAACUGAGUUUGAUAUGAUGGGUGCUUUGGACUGGAAGGACGGCAUUGCUACUCUCCCUGGCAGUGACAUCAAGUUUCGAAUGACUGAGUUUGGGACACUGGAAAUAGUGACCGAUCUGGAGACCAAAGUGCAAGAGACCGAGCCUAAGAGCGGGACCCUGAACGCGCCAGUGUCUCACAGUCCUACUCCACCACCAGAGGGACAGACUGCCUCCGCCACAGCCACACCCAUCCCCAAACCCUCACAGCCAGGAUCAUCCCAAAGUGAAAGCAGCCCCAGUAUGGAGGGUCUGAACGUGGAGGGUGGUCCAAGUGUUGAGGUGGCAGCGUCCGCUGAAACUGGCUCAAACGUGGAGCUGGUGCGGUGUGCAGCGUGUGGAGGAAACGUGGCCAGGGACGCACUGGUCCAGUCCAAAUACUGCAGUUCCAUCUGCGCCCAGCCCUCCAGCGGCAGGUCAUCUCCAGCAGAAAAUAGGGAAAGCCAGGCAACAGGAGGCGAGGGACUUGGAAAACGAAUUCGUAAGAAAAGAAAGAUCUAUAUGGAUUCUGGUGACGAAGAAGAAGACAAUCAAGAGGAGCCAGAGGAAAAAUUAAAGUCCUCCAAAGGGAAAAGGGGUCCAAAACUGCCCAAACUUGGAUUAGCUCCACCAAAUAAGAAACGUGCGUGGAGCUGGCCGUCUUACCUGGAAGAGGAAAAGGCUGUCGCUGCACCUGUGAAAUUAUUCAAAGAGCACCAGUCCUUUCCCCAAAGCAGGAACAGUUUCAAAGUGGGAAUGAAGCUGGAGGGACUGGACCCAUGUCACCCCUCCCUCUUCUGCGUGCUCACCGUUGCUGAGAUUCAAGGCUACAGAGUAAGACUUCACUUUGAUGGAUAUCCUGAAUGCUAUGACUUUUGGGCCAAUGCAGACUCGUGGGAUCUAAAACCUGCAGGGUGGUGUGAAAAGAAUGGGCAUAAGUUAUUGCUGCCUAAAGGUUGUAAAGAGGGAGAGUUUAAUUGGAGCAUGUAUGUGAAGAACUGCAGAGGUCAGCUGGCUCCCAAACAUCUUUUUAAAAGCCUCAACACUUCCGUCACUCCGUCUGGGUUCAGGACUGGGAUGAAGUUGGAGGCUGUGGACAGAAAGAACCCGCCCUUAGUUUGUGUUGCUACAAUCGCUGCUGUUGUUGAUAAUCGGCUUCUAAUUCAUUUUGACAACUGGGACGACACAUACGAUUACUGGUGCGAUGCCACAUGUCCGUACAUUCAUCCUGUAGGAUAUUGUGAAGAGGCUGAGCUGCCCCUCACCACACCAGCGGAAUACAAGCAGCCCAAGAGUUUCUCGUGGGAGAAGUACCUGGAGGAGACGGGAACACAAGCCGCUCCUGCACGUGCCUUCAAACCACGACCUCCUCAUGGAUUUCAGAUCGGCAUGAAGCUCGAGGCAGUGGACAAGAGAAAUCCGAUGCUUAUUCGUGUAGCAACGAUCGCUGACACAGAAGAACACAGACUCAAGAUUCAUUUUGACGGUUGGAGCUCAGAGUACGACUACUGGGUAGAAACAGACUGUCCAGAUAUUCACCCUGUUGGAUGGUGUCAGAAAACUGGACAUCCCCUUGAAUAUCCCAAUGCCCCUUGUGAGGUAAUAGUGCCCCCUGGACAAGGAUGUCCAACCCCUGGAUGUAAUGGAGUGGGUCACAUCAGAGGACCGCGCUAUGGCACCCACUACACGUCAGUACUGCACACAAUGAUGUGUUAUGUCAUUAAGACCA